UACUUCAUCUCACAAGCUGUUUACUGGCACAGUGUAUCAUUUAUGUUUGUUUUGCGAUACACUGCAAGUUACAAACUGUAUUGUCUUUGGCGUCAUACUCUAAAAAACCCUCUUUUAACGACACUUGUUAAAAUAUACUGUGUCUUAUGUUCAUUUUAACUGUUAUUCUCUGUACGGCGUUAUUUAGUUCUCCGUUGGACCACUUUACUUUUAGUGCUUUUCAGAAAAUUGUAAAAUUCAACAACAGUUGUAAGAUGCGAAAAAUCACUAUUUUGUUUAUAGUUGCCAUGAUCUUGGCAACGACGUUGGGUGAUAAAGAUAAAAAGGCAAGCAAAGAAAAUAAAAAAAAAUUAAAACAUUUACAAGAAAAUGGACAACAUGGAAAAGUUCCACUCCCAUACACUACGCCUUAUAGAGAAGAACAACCCGUUCUAGCAUAUCCGUAUGACCCACACAAACUAGCAUAUCCGUAUGCGCAACAAGUUCCGCAAUAUCAACACGCCCAACAAGUUCCGUCAUAUGGACAAGUCCAACCAGUUCCGCAAUAUCAACAUGCCCAACAAGUCCCACCAUAUGGACAUUUCCAACAAGCUCCACCAUAUGGACAUGAUUAUAAAAAACAAAUGGAACAUUCUCAAGAAAGUGAUAAAAAUAAAAAGGCAAGCAAAGAUGUUAAAAAAAAAAUGAAACAUUUACAAGAAAAUUAUAAAAAACAAGAGAGUGAUAAAAAAAAAAAGCCAAGCAAAGAGAAUAAAAAACAAUUGAAAUAUUUCCAAGAAACCCAACAAGUUCCGUCAUAUGGACAAGAUUAUCAAUAUCAUCAGAGUUAUGGUCAACAUCAACUCAAUACAUAUCCAUUACUAUAACAGUUAUAACAAUAAUAGCUGUGAUCAUUAUCCAUGAUGAGAAAUGAUCCAAAGGCGUCGUAAGCGUUUCCAUUUUCUUUUAAAUACAUUAUAAUUAUCUUUUGAGUGUAUAAACUUUCACUAAAACAAAAUUGUAUUCUCACAAUUAAUAUAUCAUAAUAAACUUUUACUAUUUGUAAAAUUAAAAAUGUCUGGUUUUUCGUUAGUUA